AUGGCGAUCAAGCACAACCAGCAGAUUCAGAAGAACCAUUUCCACAAGGACUGGCAACGCUACGUCCGCUGCCACUUCGACCAGCCUGGCAAGAAGAAGUCCAGACGCAAUGCUCGCGUUGCCAAGGCUGCGAAGGUAGCCCCUAGGCCCGUCGACAAGCUCAGGCCCGUCGUCCGCUGCCCUACCAUCAAGUACAACCGCCGUGUCCGCCCCGGCCGUGGUUUCUCUCUUGCUGAGCUGAAGGCCGCUGGUAUCCCCCGCAAGUUCGCCCGCACCAUCGGUAUCUCUGUCGACCCUCGCCGCCAGAACCUCUCCGAGGAGGGCCUCAAGGCCAACGUCGAGCGCCUCCAGGAGUACCGCAAGCGCCUCAUCCUCUUCCCCCGCCGCAACGGCAAGACCAAGUCUGGUGACGCUUCCGCCGAGGACGUCAAGGCCGCCAAGAGCGCCGACAACCUCGUCCAGUCCACCGCCGCUGCUCUGCCCAUCAAGAACGUCGUCCAACUCGAGGAGGGCCCCAUUGGCAACUACGAGGCCACCGAGAACGCCUACAGGAAGCUCCGUGACGCCCGCUCCGAGGCCCGCCUUGUCGGUGUCCGUGAGAAGCGCGCGAAGGCUAAGGCCGAGGAGGCCGACUCCAAGAAGAAAUAA